AUGUCGUCCGACCGCAGCGGCCAGCGGCAAUGCCGGCGCGGCGCCACGGGCGACGUCGAGCUCGACGCGGCCAUGGCUCUCGCCGACAUGGCCGGCGUCCCCGCAGCGCCUUCCGCCGGGCAGCAGAACCCCGCGCCGCCGCCGCGGCACGCCGAGGAGGAGGAGGAGGAGCUGGCCAGCACGAGGCUGAGCCUGGAGCUGGGCAAGGUCGGCAUCCAGGCGUCGCCCUGCUCUAGCAGCUCCAGCGCCGGCGGGUGCCCCUCUCGCGCGCAGCAAGCGCUUCCGGCGGCCACGGCAGGGACGGCCGGCUACGGGCCCAGGCCCCGCCACGCACUCACCGAGGCCGAGAAGGAGGCAAAGCGGCUGCGGCGCGUGCUCGCCAACCGGGAGUCCGCGCGCCAAACCAUACUCCGCCGUCAGGCCAUCCGAGACGAACUGGCGAGGAAAGUUGCGGACUUGUCGUCGCAGAACGAGAGCAUGAAGAAGGAGAAGGAGACGGUGAUGCAGGAGUUCCUCACGCUCCAGGAGACGAACAAGCAGCUGAGAGAACAGGCACGCCAUCAUCUUGCCUAA